UGCCAGCGGCUUGGGCUGCAGAUUGAAUGUCAGUGAGACAUGAACAAAAUAACCGAGGUGCCCGCUCACUUCUGGGAACUGCCAGCAAGGAGAGAACCAACGCAGCUCAGGUUGCAGCCCCGGCCCUAUGCGAGGGGAUAUAAAGACGGGGCCUGACUGGCGGCCCCAGACUAAGUGCCGGGGAGACUCAGUUGGCUUCUGCAGGCGGCUUCUACUCCAAGAGAUGAUGGGGAAAAUCGCCUUCUCCCUGAUCUUCACCCUGGCUCUGGUGACCCUCAGCACCUCUUCAGAGAGAAAGUGUGACCUGUCCGGACUGUGGCGGAACGAGCUGGGCUCGCUGAUGGAAAUAAAUAAAGUUAACGAUGCAGGAGAAUUCUCCGGCAAGUACCUCACAGCUGUGACGGCCACCAGCAACUGUAUCCACAGCUCGCCCCUGAAGGGAGCCCAGCAUGACAGGACACAGAGGAGCCAGCCGACCUUCGGCUUCACUGUGAACUGGGAGAAGUUCUCAAACUCAACAACCGUCUUCGUAGGCCAGUGCUUCGUUGGUGAUAAAGGGAAGGAAACUCUGAAGACCAUGUGGCUGCUGCGUGAGGAGGUCGGAUCCCCUGGAGACGGCUGGAGAGCAACCAGGGUCGGCGCAAACAUUUUCACCCGGAAACGAAAUCUAGAGCCAGGGAAAAUCAUUCAGCAGCAGUCUCCACUCUGUGAUACUCCAGCUCCAACAGCACAGUGAACACGCCCUCCA